AUGCAGCCAUUCUUCUCGCAAGGGAUGCGGUACUCUGGCCUCGGCUUUGCGCUGCUGGCCCUGUGUCUCCUACUGGUCCAAUACGCGCAAGCGACAACAUGGGUGGUGGAUGAGAGCGGGAAGGGCAACUUCACCUCGCUCGACGCCAUCUACAGCUACAAGGUCAAGCCGGGCGACAUCGUCUACAUGCGCGGGACGUUCACCAAGGUGCAGACCCUGCAGAACAUCAAUGGCACGAAGGACAAACCGAUCACCAUCACCAGCUAUCCCGGCACGCGCGCCAUUGUUGAUGGCACCACCGCGACCCCUGGCGACUGGCAGGGGCUCGUGAGACUCAACAUUUGUCACUUCAUCAUAUUGGACAACAUCAUCGUCCGCAACUCGACUCAGUCCGGUAUUUCGUUCUAUUACAAUAGUGACACUGUGGUCCAGAACUGCCUGGUGCAUGACGUACAGAUCAGAGGAAUCGGAGGCUGUGGUGACAACGUGGUGCUCCGCAACAACACGGUCUACAAUGGAUGCAUGCAAAACUAUGCUGGCAAAUACGGGUCCUGGGCGCAAGUUGUCUCGAGUAACUCGUGCUCAGGCAAGCCUCUUAAGAACUGGCUGAUCGAAUACAACAAGGUCUACAACAGCUGGGGCGAGGGCAUCGACUGCAUUCAGGUGUCCGGCUGUAUUGUUAGGCACAACGUGGUCUACGACACCUACUCUGUCAACAUCUAUGUGGACAACGCGGACGGUGUGGUGAUCGACAGCAACUACAUCUACUCCAAGAACCCCUUCUACUACCGCACCACGACCUACACCUGGCCGGCGACCGGCAUCCUCGUAGGAGCCGAAACUUGGAUGGCCAAUCCGCAACCAAGCUUCAAUGUGACCAUCAAGAACAACCUGCUCGUUGGCACCAAUGGCAUCUCCAACUUUUACGUUGGCACUCGAUGCGCUGGACUUCAGAACUGGGUGAACAAUGUGCGCAUCUACUACAACACCAUCUGGAACCCGAACGCCACCGGAAUCGGACCCUUCACCUGGCCGCAGCAAAGGAACGUCGUGUCGUCGGGCAACGAGUUUAGGAACAACCUGAUCUGGACCAAGAGAAGCGGGUGGACCAUUUCCAACAAUGUCUGGGUCGGAGUUAACACCAUUCCGACCAACUGUACCGACACGUCGGGCACGAGAACAUCGCUGGCCGUCAAUUCGACGCUCAUCAACUUCGCCAGUGGCCGCCUUCCCACCAUCGGCUCGCCCUUGACCGACUUUUACCUGGGAGCCUCGUCGCCGGCUCGCGGCGUUGGUGUUGCUCUGGCUAGCGUCCAAACCGACUACAACGGCUACGCGCGAGCGAGCAAGCCCAGCGUGGGCUUCGUCGAGUACGGCACCCAGGCCAACUCUGCUGGCGCCAACAGCGAUGGCGAUGGCUCGUCGGCCUCGGUCGCCACGGGCUUCUUCCUGGCGGCCUCGCGCUCGGUCUCCGCGUUGUUCCUGCAGGCGUGA